AUGCACUCAAUUUCCGUUUGUGUCUGCAGGCUUUAUCGGCAAGGCGGUGCGGAGGGCGCUGCCGGCUUGCCCCGCUUAGUUUCUACGAACGGUCGACAGCCUCUGAUUGGCGGGAGCAUUGAUAGUCAAGGAGGUUCUACUCGAUCCUUUGCUCCAGCUCGGCGGCCACCGCGAGCGCAGGGUAAUCAGGUACUCGUGCCACACACGAAUUACCGACCCAUCACACUGCCAUCCUUAGAGGCAGUGUCCUCUGCACCACACCUGGGAGGGGCAAAAUCUGCCAGCAGCAAGCAGCUGAUCGGCACACGGAAUGCCAGUGUUCCUAUGUCCAUAGUUGGCCCACAGAACAUACCGGGUGCGAGCAUGCGAACGGGACCUCAGGUGGACUCACAGCAGUUCAUGGAAACGACCCAGGAGGGCCCAGUGGCAUCCGAGGAGGUUCUGAAAGUGGACCCUUCGGAUCCGUCGUGGAUCAGCCCAGCAGACUUUGUCGAGUUCAUUCUCAACCACGAGAGUCUCACCGAGGAGUUCUGCUACAUGAACCGUUCUGGCCCUUACGAGUUUGAGAUUGUGCCUUUUUCGAAGAUCAAUCCCAAUGACUAUAUGACCAUCUCCAUCCGUGGGGUGACCCACUACUCAAACGGAGAGCUCGACUACCAGGACCUUGCCGAUUGGCAGCGGGACCAGGAUAUGUACAGGAAGAUUAUCGAGAUCCCCUUUUUCAAGAAAUAUCAGCGGUGGAAGCUGUUUUCCGUGUGGAAGAGCGCGAUGCGCAAUCAGCGCGUGCAGAAGUGCUCCAGGACGCUCAACGCCCACCUCUUCGCGCUGGACCCAACGUUGUGCGACUCCCUGCUCCGGUGCCGCAGGGAAUGCGUCAAGAUCAGCAGCUGGAAUCUACUGGAGGUGAACCCAAUGACGGUCUACCAAGUGGAGGAGUUCGAAGAGCAGCAGAGGCAGAAACGAAAGCAGAUGGCCGCAGAUCUCCAGGAGGUCUGGGAGAAAAUCAAAGACGAGCUUCAUCAGUCGUGCACCAGCAGCCUCCAAGACUUCCUCAAGAAGAACGGCUUCGGCCAACGUGGCUCCGGGGAGGAGGAAAAAGAGGAAGGCGACGAAGGAGACCAGGACGGUGUCAGGGCCUUCGUGGAGGACGUGGAUGCGCAAGAGGCGUUAGCCAUCACAGAAGGGGAAGGCGAGAAGCCUUCCGAGGAGAAGAAGGAAGAGUCCAAGGGCGGAAGGAAGCCGAACUUUAACGUUGAGUGUCUCCUGGAGCACGGCGCCCUGGUCUUCAAGCCCUCCGGAAAGAGAAUCUGGGAUGCCGUGGAGCCGGGGGCUUAG